CUGGCCUUCCCUUCCCCCGGCGGCGGCUGGGCGGCGCUGCGGGGGGAGCUGGGCGCUGGGCCCGGCCUCGCCUCCCCGGCUGGCUCCGUCUUCGGUCGCCGCUUCCCAGCCCCGGCCCCGGCCCCGGCCCCGGUCUGGCCGCGUGGGGCCCUCGGCGUGCAGGCCGGAUGCUCCCCGUCCCCACCAUGAGCGAGUUGGGGUCGCCCCACCCCAGCAGAGACCGGGCCCCCUGACACCUUCUCGAGUCCCCCGAGCGCUCGGCCCCGUCAUGUCCCAGGCCGGAGAGGGGCCGGACCGAGGCGCCCGGCCCAAGGAGAGCUCGGGCGAGGCCGGGGGCCGGCGCGGCGGACGCAGGAGAGCAAAGCUCCCGGAGACCCCGGCGGGGCAGGACUCAGAGGGGGCCGAGCCGGGCCGGCGGGCGGGGCGCUCGCUGCGGCAGAGGAUACAGGACGCGGUGGGUCAGUGUUUCCCCAUCAAGGGGCACGGCGGGGCCCGCUCCCCCGAAUUCUCCCCUUCCCAGCGCAAGAUCCACCUGCGGGAACUGAUGCUGGAGACCUGCCCCUUCCCGGCCGGCUCGGAGCUGGCCCGCAAGUGGAACCUCAUCAAGCAGCACACGGCGCCCGUGUCGGCCCAGGAGGGGCUGGCCUGCGGCGGGGCGGGGCCGGCGGAGGACGAGGAUGACCGGCUGCGGGAGCGACGGCGCAUCAGCAUCGAGCAGGGGGUGGAGCCGCCCCCGGACGCCAUGAUCCACACCUUCGAGGCCACGGCGCAGAUCAACCCGCUCUACAAACUGGGGCCCAAGCUGGCCCCUGGCAUGAACGAACUGGCCGGGGACAACUGGGCCACCCUGGCCCCCCAGGAGGAAGAGGAGGAGGAGCUGGUGGCGGCGGUCCCGGAGCCGGAGCUUCGCGUCCACACCCAGAUCGACUACAUCCACUGCCUGGUGCCGGAUCUGCUGCAGCUGACGCGGUUGCCCUGCUACUGGGGGGUGAUGGAUCGCUACCAGGCCGAGGCCCUGCUGGAGGGGAAGCCGGAAGGGACCUUCCUGCUAAGGGAUUCGGCCCAGGAGGAUUAUCUCUUCUCGGUCAGUUUCCGGCGCUACGGCCGCUCGCUCCACGCCCGGGUCGAGCAGUGGAACCACAACUUCAGCUUCGACGUGCACGACCCCGGCGUCUUCCACGCCCCCACCGUCUCGGGCCUGCUGGAGCGGUACAAGGACCCCAGCGCCUGCAUGUUCUUCGAGCCCCUGCUCUCCCGCCCCGUGCGCCGGCCCUUCCCCUUCGCCCUGCAGCACCUGUGCCGGGCCGUGGUGGCCGGCUGCACCUCCUACGACGGCAUCGGCCGCCUGCCCAUCCCCGGCGCGCUCCAGGAGUACCUCAAGGAAUACCACUACAAGCAGAAGGUGCGGGUGCGGCGGCUGGACACCCGCUGGAACUGAGCCCAGCGCCCUGCCCGUGGCUUUGGUCCUCUGGGCCACGGCCCAAAGACGAGGGGCGGGGGGUUGGCUCCAGGAUCAGGGCCGAUACGGGGAGAUAUUGCCCGUGAACUGUCUGCCUUUUACAGCAGGUUCUGGCCCCUCCGUGCUCUGGACAGUCGGCCUCAGCAGGGGGCGGAACCGUUCCCCCCCUCACCCCCUGGCCUAGGAGGGGGAAGCUUCGUUAAAGGAGCCCCUGCCCCAAAGACGCAGCCGGAGCCCCAAUCAGCUGUUUUAUUUAAAGGGGCCGGGCUGCUGGAAUAAAGUCUUGUUGCUGUGACUGUAAGAGACCCCUGGGGUUGUGUCAGGGAUGGGGGCACCCAGCUCCGGCCCUCAGCCCCCGCCGCUAGCUAGGAAAGGGGGGCAGGCUGCUGCCAGAUGAUUUGGGGGCUCUCGGAGCUGUCUCUGCUCCGGCUAGCGGGCAGGGAGAGGCUGCCUUUGGCGGCCCUGGCUCCAGCUGGGAUGAAACUCCUGAACUGAGAAAAAUAGGGGCAAUGCUCAACCGUGACCCACUCCCCUUCACCCCCUAUUCCAGCCCUGGGCUCCACGUGCCUGGUUUUUCACUGGAGCUGGGCCCCUCGUAACAGGGAGCAACCCUCCCAGCACGGUUCCUUUGGAGGCCACGUGCUGGGAGCCCAGCUCUCCAAGAGGGUAGGGGUGACAGACCCAUUCCUUGGUCUGCUCCCCAUCUGUCCCCUGCCACCGAUCCCCCUACCCUGGCUGCACAAUACAAGAGCAGCCUAUGUAUCAUUCCCUGGGACAGGGCUCUGCUCCAGCUGCAUGAACGGGCAUCUCGCAUAGGAGUAGAGGGGUUCUUUCCCCUCCGUGUUUGGCCCUGGUGCGGCCGCGGCUGGGAUCCUGGCUCCAGUUCUGGUGCCCACCAUUCCAGGAGGAUGUUGAUAAAUCGGAGAUAGGUCAUGAGAAUGAUCAGAGGGUUAGAAAACCUCCCUGGUGGUGAGAGACUCAAGGAGCUCGAUUGCUCAGGGGUUUGAGCAUUGGCCUGCUAAACCCAGGGGUGGGA